AUGUCCGAGAUCGUCCGCCGAGUCCCUUGCGAAGAGGACCGCGUCCACAUGGCCGUCGUCUGCCGCUCAUGGCACGCAGCGCUCGCGAAGCUCGACCCCCCGCCGCCCCCGCUCCCGUGCCUCCUCCUCCCGUCCGACGACUUGACUCGCACCUACUGCAUCCUCAGCGGCUGCAGAAGCCACCACCAGUACCACGAUCAGGUCGGCGUGCGUUACUUCGGCUCGUACGACGGCGGCUACAUCUUCGUCGCCUUGGACCAGACUCGCCGUCACCGGCUCGUCGACCUCAGUACAGGAGGGAUCCACAUCCUCCCCGACGUGGUCUGUCCCAGAUACCACCCGAGCGUCCAACACGUCCACAACAUGGUCAUCCUCGCCGCCACCCUCUCGUCCCCGCCGGAUGACCCCGACUCCGUCGCCGCCGGCAUUGUCACCUAUCAGCGCGACGGCGACGGCCCGCGCCAUCGCCGCUACGCGUUCUGGCGCAUGGGUGCUGGGGUGGCCUUCGAUACUAUGCCUCCUCAUAAUCCUGACCCAACAGACCCGAAUUCGGCUGUGGAGGACGUCGUAUACCGCAACGAAGCAUUCCAUUUCCUCACCCACGGCGAAGACAUCGACGUGUGCGCACCGGCCUUCGCUGAGAAUGUGAACAUGGGAGCAGUAGUAGCGACGACGACACGCCGCUUCCUGCCCAGGGACGGCGGUAACGACGUGUUCGUUCGUGCUCGCUACCUCGUGCAGUCCCGCGGGGAACUGCUGAUGGUCGUCAGGUUCACUCCUCAUCCUCAGUUUCCAACGUCGGAGUUCAAGGUGUUCCGCAUGAUUGGACCGCAGAUGCCCGACGACGACGGCGGCGGCGGCGUGUUUGGGUACCCCUGGUCCUGGAGCCAGCUGGACACGCUGGGUGGCCGGAUGCUGUUCGUGGGCCGAGGCUGCUCCAGAUCCUACGAAGUGGCUAGCUACCCGGGGUUCGAUAACGGCGUCUACUUCUCGGAUGAUCGGAGCUUCUACGACGAGGAGAUCAUGUUCCGCGGUGUCAAUGAGAGGCAGUACCCCUGCAGCGACAACGGGAAGUGGUCGGAAGGGCCGCCUCCCGAUGCCGAGCACUUCUUCCCGGAGCAGGGCCCUUCGAACCACUCUUCUCCGGCUUGGCUUCUCAUUUGA